GAUGUCGAUGACCGAAAAGACUAAGUGGCGCCAUCUUUUCAUAAAAAAAAUAAUCACAGCUACGCCGGUGACCCGGUCAUAAUCUUUCUACAUUAACCUAACAUCACGUGUUUUCGACGAUAUUGUGUACAUACUACAAUUUUAUUGUUGAGAAAUGUUUCCCAAAUUUUGUAAUUUAUGUCAUAGAAUCGCACACGUGCAAUUGGUGCAGCUGCAAAGAUGCUAUAGAAAAGGUGCCAGAAAGAGAGGUAACGUCAACCCCGUUCAGACAUCAAAGGAUGUAAAAGAACAGGCGCCGAUAAUCGUCAGUAAACGAAAAGAAUUCAACUUUUAUGAAGGACAGACGUACUCCAAGUAUGAACCGAUACCAUUGGUUACCAAAGGAUGGGAUCAUUAUAAAUCUAAAGGCGAUUAUUUCUAUGUAUAUCCUCUCACAAAUGUGAUGAAAGAGGCAUAUGGUGAAUCGUUUAAUGAACAAAACGAAGAGGAUGAAGAACAUAGUUCUUUUGCACAUUUUGGUCUAAAUCCACAACUAAUAGACAUCUUAAAAAGAUACAGUAUAACGAAACCCUUAAAGAUACAGAAAAUUGGGAUACCUAAGAUAAUAAACGGCGCUAAUACCGUGAUAGCAGCAGAAACUGGUUGUGGAAAGACAUUAACCUAUCUUUUACCCAUGAUAGAUGAAGUUUUACGAUGGAAGCAAGUAGCAGGGACACGAUACAACGCUCCACUAGGAUUGAUUGUGACACCUACUCGAGAAUUGGCGUUUCAAAUAGGGCUGGAAGCAAAGAAAAUAUGUCAGUAUCUUGGUAUUCGUACGAAAACCAUCACUGGUGGAAAAACAAAGAAAAUAAUGUUAAAUCCAUCUGUGGAAGAGAUUGAUAUUGUUGUGGCUAGUUUUGGAGUCAUCAGCAAAUUAACCACAACUAAGAUUUAUAAGUUGAACAUGGUCAGACACCUUGUAUUGGAUGAAGCAGACGCUUUAUUUCAUGAGACAUUUGAAGAGAAGCUGCGAGUAUUCUUGAAUAGAGUGCCACUUGGUUUCGUGCAAAAUCCGGAGAAUACCGAUCUUCCUAUUAGUGCCCAAUUCACAUUAGUUUCUGCAACAAUGCCUUCGAGAAUGUCAGAAGUUCUAGAGAAUAUCAUUAAUGUGGAAUCAUUGGAACAUGUGGUUUCGAACAGAUUGCAUCACAUUCUCGUACCGCAAAAAUUUAUAAGGGUGGGUCCAAGUAACAAACCAGCUGAACUCCUGAAAUAUAUCAAACCAAAAAUAGCUAAUAAAGAACAAGUAAUUAUUUUCAAUAACACUAACAAUACUUGCAAUUGGGUCAGUAUGUUCCUAAACAAAUGCAACAUACAAACGAUUUCCUUGAAUGGUGACAUGCAGUUGUACGAUAGACAAAACAAAUACGCCAGUUUCAAAACGGGUAAAUACCGAGUGUUGUGCACUACAAAUGCUGGAUCCAGGGGUUUGGACACAGUGGCAGUACGCUAUAUAUUGAACUACGAAUUUCCGACUGCAACUGCUGAUUAUAUACACAGAUGUGGUAGAACCGGAAGAAUUGGUAGCGUUAAAGACUGCAGAGUGGACAAUUUUAUAAGCACUCCAGUUGAAGUUGCUGUGGUACGAAAAAUAGAAAGGGCAAUACGGAAGAUGAAACCGAUACCGAUAUUUGAUAUCCAUGAGGAGAAGGAAAAGGACAAUGAGGUCUAUGAGCCAUUCACAUCGGAAGGUGAAACGGAGCAAGCAGUACAGGAAGAAUUUAGCAUACCAUACUGAAUUGUGUUACGCGAUAGUGUAAAUAAAAAUUGUUUUACUACUCAA